GCAAGAAACCAUCUUUUUCGAGGAUUCGCAAGAAUCGGAACAAAAGGCAAGAGUUUGACGUGAGCAAGACGAGAAAAAAUUCAGAAACUUUCAGAGAGAGAGAGAGAACGAAAAAGAAAAGGGAAAAUGGUUUCAACUUUCAGGAGGUGAUAACUGACGAAAUGCAGAGGAAGAAAGCCGGUAUAAAAAGGUGGGAGGAGGAAGAGAAAGUGAAGCUGCAAUAGUUCGCCACAUCUUCCCUCUUCUUCUUCUUCGCUGCUCUGCUAGUGCUGCAUGCCGAUCGCCUCCAAGAUCGUCUACUUCCAGCGCCGCCGCCCGACGCCGCCGCCGCCGGAGCUGGAGCCGGAGCCUCCCGACCCGCGCCGUAGGCUCUGCCGUGGAGACCCCGCGGCCCCUCGCCGCCGACGCAGCUCCCUCUCCAAGCAGGAACAUGUUCCAGGAAAUAAAAGAGAUACCGCAAAGCGUGUCACAUCUGCUGGAAACAUAAUAGAACAAGCAGGAAGCACAGGUUCCAACUCAAGACUAAACCGCAGCGUAUCAGAUCAUGGCCGGCUUCCUGAUUCUGUUCAGCAAGCUAGGGAAAGGCUACUUCAGAGGCUUAACAGUGUGGACUUGUCGGGAAGAAGGCAAAACACAUCAUCAUCAGAAACCAUUCGGGCUGGAGUAGCUCCGGGCGUCUCCACCACUUCAGAUAGCAUAUUCGGUAGUCUAACCAGCUGCUUUCACGCUGACGUAACGAUCGCUCCCUGCAAACUCCAAGCGAGCACUGCUGAAUCCUUCAACAUUGAAGAUGAGCAUACGCUGAUCACGCAUUGUUCUGAACCAGCAGCUACUCAAGAAGAAGUAGCAAGCUGCAAAGGAACAGAUGGCGACGAACUCGCAGGACCUUCAGUGGAGUGCUCUAUAUGCCUGGAGAGAUGCGGAGAUGCAGACGGGCUCAUCGAGCUCCGAUGCAAGCACAUCUUUCACUCGGCAUGCCUGGAGCAAUGGCUGCGGUCUCGCAGCGACUGCCCCUACUGCAGGGCCAGGGUUCUCCUAACAGCAGAAUGAUGAGAAUUUGAGAAUUCAGAACUAAACCCCCAGCUCUAUAGAACCUCUCUUAAGCCCUUAACUUUGUCACUGCUCACCUGUUCUCCCAGUACCAAGGUUUUCCCCUUUGCUGAUGAGGCUGUGAUCCUUUGUCACUGUGUGAGGCUGCAGAAAUUAGCAUCUUACUGUAUCCUGUGUCUUACCUGACUUGUUGUUUUGCAAGUGGAUAUAAUGAGAGAGAUGUAGCCUGUUUUUCAUGGAACCUUUUUGUGAUUUGCUCAUUGUGUGGUUGCUCUACAAUUUUCUGGUGCUAAU